CGUCGCGAUUGAAGCCACCCGAUUGGUCAUGAUCCAGAUCUUGCUCACUUCAAAGGGAAUCAGCUUAAACCCCAUUACUUCCUUGUACUAUGUCGCCCCGAGUUGUCUCCUUUUCCUCUCCAUUCCAUGGCUCCUCGUUGAAUUCCCCGUCUUGAGACAGAGUUCCAGUUUCCGAUUAGAUUUCACCGUCUUCGGGACCAAUUCCCUCUGCGCAUUCGCCCUCAAUCUCGCCGUUUUCCUGCUCGUCGGCAAGACUUCGGCUCUGACAAUGAAUGUUGCCGGCGUGGUCAAAGAUUGGCUCCUAAUCGCGUUCUCGUGGUCCGUAAUCAAAGACACUGUAACUCCGGUCAAUCUUCUCGAGUAUGGAUUGGCUUUCUUGGGAGUUGCGUUCUAUAACCACUCAAAACUACAGGCAUUGAAGGCGAAAGAAGCUCAGAAGAAAGCUCAGCAGCAGACAGACGAAGAAAGCGGGAAGCUAUUGGGCGAGAGCGGCGGCGGAGGCGAUUCGCUGGGGAAGAAGGGCGAUGCACAGGCCUAAUUUCGUAAUUUCGCUCGGAGAAAUUCAAGAAAAAAAAUAA